CGAUAGCAGACUAUCGAUAUGCAACACUACUUUAUUUAUAUACUAUUGUUAAGGAAUAAGGGCUACCGCUCGUUAUAAUUUACUUAAAAUUUAAACCUGUUUGCAUUUUGUUGUUAUCCAGUUAGAAAUACAACAAGAGAAAAUGUCGAGUACAUCACAGAAGCAUAGAAACUUUGUAGCUGAACCAAUGGGCGAAAAGCCUGUUACUGAAUUAGCGGGCAUUGGACCAGUUUUAGGGAAAAGACUGGAAACCGCAGGAUUUGACAAGGCCUAUAUUGUUCUUGGACAAUAUCUGGUACUAAAAAAAGACAGGGAGCUUUUUCAAGAAUGGAUGAAAGACGUAUGCAGUGCAAGUUCAAAACAGUCUGGCGAUUGUUACCAAUGUUUAAAAGAUUGGUGUGAUGAGUUUUUGUAAAUAAAAUGUAUUUUUUUUUUAUUAAUUUUCUUACCAAACAUAUUAUGUGUAAAUAAACAAUUAUAUAAUAAUUAAAUAAUUACAUGUAAGUACUUAUAUUCUUCUCUAUUUUUUUUUCAUUCACCUACUGAAAUUUGUAACUAAAUAAACAAACAUUACUUACUUAAUAGUCAAUAAUCUAUACUUACUAUAUUGGUAACAAGUUUUUUUCCGGUCGGUUCGAGGCGAGUUGACCGAAAGAAGUAACAUACGACAUAUCGCGCGACGACGCAAAGCGCUCGGGGAUGUUCGAAAAUUAACUUUUGGUCAGUCGAAUGACUUGUCAAAAACAUACUUCAUUUCAUGCCUAUUAUAGUCUAAGAUCCGAAAAAGAUAGACUCCCAGUCGUUUGUUAAAUGGAUGAGAAGUAUUUUAUAUAAAAGGACAUGUCCGCUUUUUGUAUGGGUGCUGAUUCUUUAUUUAGAACAAAAUCCAUCUAACCCCAAACUUAUGAGAUGUUUAAUUGGCAAAUUUAUGAAGCUUGGAACCAAAUACUUAAUGAUUUUAGAACCCGCCAUUUAUAUGAAAAAUAUAAAUAUGUAUGGCAGCGUCACUCAAAAAAAUAAGUUCAUUGAUUCGUCAUAAAAGGUUGACCAAGUAACUAAGUAUAUACCUAUAAUUUCGAUUUUUACUUUGACUGCUGUCAGUUAUUGUCAUUUGCGGACAUUAAGGGGAAAUUAGAAAAAAAGGGCGGGAAACUUUCGACUUCGCAAGGCGCGCCUUUUUGAUCUCUUACAGUACCUACAUACUUUAAGAAAGUAUUUUACUAACUUAUUCAUAGUGAUCAGUGGUAUAUAAACUCCGUAUAUUAAGUUUAAGUAUUCAAUUUAUUGGCCAUCUGGUAAGCUCUUUUAUGUUACUUGCCGGCGGAUUGCCGAACCCCCGAUCCCGAGGGGGACGGUUCCUCCGGUGGCCUAUAUGUUACUAUUAAUGAAUCUACAUUCGGAAUGCGCAUAGACAAGUGUCUAUGCGCAUUCCGAAUUCAUUAAGUUGGCGUUGAGAAAGUGAAGUCACUUUCUCAACGCCAACUUAAGCGAAGUCGUUUGAACAAAAUCUGUAAACGAUGUAAUAAGCGUAGAAGGACACAUGGUUAGGACGAUAACAAAUCCAUAGAUUGUCAUUGUAUAAUUCUGCCGAAACUGAUCUACCUAGAACUCAAAUAAAUUCUUAUUACCCAGAUACUUAAGACUAAAUUAGAUCAGAGUAACGACACUUUAAUUCCCCAACAUACCCCUACCUCUAUUGGAAGAAAAUUAUAUGAAAAUAUUGAUCGUACUCGCUUUGGCCAAACCAUGAUUUAAAAAAUUGCAUAUAUAUAGCAAUAUCAAACGAAUUGGUAAAAAAUAAAAUUUCUAUGGCAUUUUAUCAAAUUUAUUUUAUUUUGGUUGCUGCAAUAGAGAAAAGAACUAAUCAAAUAAGGCACUUGCGAAAUCUAUGAAUUUACUUUUGCAAUGAUUGUAAUCAUAUUAAUUGUUAAUUGGACAGAAAAAUAUCAUAUCACUAAGGUAUACAGUUCAAUUUCUAUAUAAAAUUGGAAAAUUGGACGGAAAUUAAUUUUUGAGUAAUAGACUUAACACUGUACACAAUUUAUACAUAGGAAGUCGCGUACCACUAUUGUGUAUUUUGUAAUAAUAAUUUGUUAUUAAAUAAAGAGAAUUAUUUAAAAU